CGAAAGACCUAUCCGCGGCUGCAGCCGGGCCCAGAGCCCUCCUCCUUCCCGCGCACCAAAACAAAUCUCCGCUUCUCGGGGGAGGGUGGGGGGCGGAGCAGGACACGGAGGGACACGGAGGCAGGAAGCGGCCAUGGCGGACUGGGGCCGAGGUCCAAACACAAAUGCGGUGGAUGAUAUGUUAGAUGUGGAAAAUAAGCGCAUGACAGAAAAUCUGGCCACUAAAGUCACCCGUCUAAAAUCGCUUGCUUUGGACAUUGACAGAGAUGUUGAGGAUGAAAACCAGUACCUGGAUAAUAUGGAUUCUGAUUUUAUGAGUGUGACGGGUCUUCUCACAGGAAGCGUGAAGCGUUUCUCUACUAUGACUCGGUCAGGAAGGGACAACCGCAAGCUUCUCUGUUAUGUCUCUGGUGGACUGGUUCUUGUCUUCUUCAUCUUGUAUUAUUUGGUAACAAGAGCAAGAACUUGAGGGAAAUUAUUAAAGUUUUGUACUGGAUGUUAGUUGAAAGAAAAAAGUGGCAAAUGGAGCUGUGGAUGACCUUCAGAUGUGUAUCUUGGGAAGGAUUAUUUAAAUUUUCACAGUAACCCAGAAGCUCCUUUAUGAACUACAGCAUGAUCCUCCAUUCGGAACUCAUAUUUUUUCUUUAAAGGGGAUAUGAUGUUGCUCUCUCGACUUGAAAGCUCAAAUGCAACUCAGUUCACUGAAAUGAAGUCUCUUUCCCUCUGCCCUUGUAUUAGCUUGCUGUCUUUACUUGGUGAAAGAGGAAGCGUAUUGGUGAUUUUUCUUUCUGCAGUUUAUGGUUCAGCAGGAAAAUCCUGACGUUUAAUAAAAAUGUUCUAAUGCCCAUUUUAAUGGGAAAAAAGUGUUGCUUAAAAGACUGAUGUUGGAAUAUGUGCAUUUUUUAGAAGUAGUCUGUCACAUUGGAAUGUCUUUUAAAGCAAAAUUGCUUUAUCACUGUUUUUUGAUAAACCAGCAGCUAUAAACAAU